AUGCUUCCUGUCUACCUUCGCUUCUGUCCAUUGGGGAAGCCGUUGUCGGAGGUUAAAGAGGGCAGAGCUGGAGGAGUUCGACCGGAGAUGAAUGCGGAACUUGAGACGACUCAAUCUGUGAUUGACAUCCUCGAGGGCGCCAGGUCACGCAAGGAGUUCAUCCCCGGUUCUGACGGUGCAAGAGAUGGCUGGACAAAAGAUAUCGAGCUCUACGCACCCGAAUAUUUGCAGACGGAGGCAGAAGGAAAUGAGGCGGACUAUGACCAUGCACGCCUAAGUGACCCUAAAGAUGCAUAUUGA